CGGAUAUCAAGUCUCCGGGCUUCGGGAUGAAACGCGCGUUUACAAAAUGCGCGAAGAAAAUGAGGUAGCUGCGAAACGAGAAACGAGUUCCCGGCGUGAAAAAUAUGAAUUGUAAAAAAGAGCUAAGUGUUCGAUAACUUUGGAUACCACGCGCGACGAAUGCGACUACGAGCGUGAUAGCCAACUUAUGCCUAUGUCCUCUUACAAGCCUGUUAUCUAUCGGAUGAAAUCAUUUCGAGCAGUCUCUCCACGAGCAAGAGUUUUCUUACAAUCUCAUUUCCUAUCCCAGAUUGGCUAUAUCUCGACUAUAUCUUUAUAUCUUUUUAGAGCUGUUCUAAUCUCAUCACCAAUCGUUUUAAACAGGUGUGGAAUAUUGGAAGAAAUGUGCCAAGAUCAAAUCGUCUGGAGUAUAGCGAUAUAUAAUCGGCACUUGCUUGAUAAUGCUGAAAUAUUAAGGCUUCUCAUCCCUCAUUAUGGAUUUUUCAUUAUGGAUUGAUGUCGGAAAUGAGGAAACACAUAAUGAAAAUUCUUGAAAAAUAUAUUAAAACAGAAAUAUUUUUUAA